GGGGGCGGCCAAUGCUCGCCCGGCCGCCGGUGGCGAGUAGCCGCCCGCUCGGUGCUAGCCUUAACCCCCCGGCUGGGAGAAAGGAGGGGUUAGGGAAAAUAACGGGGCGGGGGGGGGGGGGGGGAGCAGGAAGGGAGAGAUUUUUGUCCUUCGCCGGUGCUGCUGUACGUGAUAAUAUGUUUAUAUGAUUAGCUGAGCCCAGGGGUGGGGAGCGCGGAGAGAGGGGGAGGAGAUUGGAGGGGGAGGAGGCUGGAGGUGACUCCAGUUCAGCGCCGGCGGAGAGUCCGUGUCAGGACUUCGCAAUCCCCAGUCACACACGGAGAGGUGCAUGAGCAAAAAGGAGGCUGCGAUACGAUUCAUUGGGAUUUUUUUUUUCCUGGUGUGUAUGUAUUGCGUUUUUCCCAUCGUUGCGCGUCUUACUCGCUCAGCGCCCGCUCUCCGGCCGCCGGCGGGGCAGCAGCACCGAGAGGACGAGGGGAAAUAACGCGGAGCCGAGCCGAGCCGUGCCGGAGGCCGGAAUGUCAUCCGGGGAGAUGUAAAUCAGGUCGCUGCGAACGACAGAGACACAGGAGGGGGGGGGUCGUUGUAAAAUUUUUGAGUUGUUCCCCGCUACUCCCGCUGCUGGCGUCGCCUCGGUUUCCCUUCUGAUCGCUGCCUAGAAAGGACUCCAAAGGCUGGGCACAUACAGCGCGCUGCGCCCCUCGCCCCCUCCAUUUUUUUUUAAUUUAAUUUAAUUUUUUUUUCCAUCGCCUGCGUGCGGGAGCCUGGCUGCAUCGUGCGUUUCGUGCGGAGCGGAGCGUCGGAAGCCGCAGGAAAAUGUUGACUUAGCCCCGGAGAAGCCUGCCGGCUGGCUGCGCCGAGGAGAAGCCGCCGCCCGCUGCGCGCUGCCCCAGCCCGCCGAGCCGAGCCGUGCCGAGCCGCGCCGCAGAGUCGGCCGCCUCCCGCUGCCCCACCGGCACCCAGCCCCAGCCCCGCUCCGCCGCCGCCCCGGGACUAACUCCCUCCUCCCUGCGCCCACCGGGGCGAGAGCUCCCGGCCCGCCUUCGGCUCGCAGACAGAGGUAUGAAGAUGAAUAAUGCAGACCACUGGUUUCGAUGAUGCUGGGCUUUUAUAACUGGAUUCAUUAAGGAAUACAAAGAAAAUUCUUACAGGGAUCAAUAAUGGUGUCUUCUGGUCGCAGAAUGCAAAGUUUUUGGUUCCUGCUCAUUAUCAGCUUCCUGCAGUGUACUGAAGGUUUCAGCCGAGCAGCACUACCAUUUGGUUUGGUUAGGAGAGAGCUCUCCUGUGAAGGCUACUCCAUUGACCUCCGGUGUCCAGGAAGCGAUGUUAUUAUGAUAGAAAGUGCUAACUAUGGACGGACAGAUGACAAGAUUUGUGAUGCUGACCCUUUCCAGAUGGAGAACACAGAAUGCUUCCUUCCAGACGCCUACAAAAUUAUGACACAAAGGUGCAACAACCGAACACAGUGUAUAGUAGUUACUGGGUCAGAUGUGUUUCCUGAUCCUUGUCCUGGAACAUACAAGUAUCUAGAAGUUCAGUAUGAAUGUGUUCCUUACAUUUUUGUUUGCCCGGGGACGUUGAAAGCAAUUGUGGACACACCGUACUUAUAUGAAGCUGAACAAAAAGCAGGUGCUUGGUGCAAAGAUCCUCUCCAGGCUGCAGAUAAAAUAUACUUCAUGCCAUGGACCCCAUAUCGCACCGAUACUUUGAUAGAAUACGCUUCCUUAGAAGACUUCCAAAACGGACGCCAGCAAACAACGUAUAAACUCCCAAAUCGAGUGGACGGUACUGGAUUUGUAGUAUACGAUGGCGCUGUCUUUUUUAACAAGGAAAGAACUAGGAACAUAGUAAAAUUUGACUUGAGGACUAGAAUUAAGAGUGGAGAGGCCAUAAUCAAUUAUGCUAAUUACCAUGACACCUCUCCAUACCGAUGGGGAGGAAAAACUGACAUUGACUUGGCAGUUGAUGAAAAUGGCUUAUGGGUAAUUUAUGCUACGGAGCAAAACAAUGGGAUGAUAGUAAUUAGCCAGCUGAACCCCUACACCCUGCGCUUUGAAGCAACCUGGGAAACGACAUACGACAAGCGGGCAGCAUCCAAUGCCUUUAUGAUAUGUGGUGUCCUGUAUGUAGUGCGGUCAGUGUAUCAAGACAAUGAGAGCGAGACAGGCAAGAAUGCCAUUGAUUACGUCUACAACACCAGGUUGAGCAGAGGAGAGCACGUGGAUGUUCCUUUCCCCAACCAGUACCAGUACAUCGCUGCAGUGGAUUACAACCCCAGAGACAACCAGCUCUAUGUGUGGAAUAACAACUUCAUUCUGCGAUAUUCUUUGGAAUUUGGCCCACCUGAUCCUGCCCAAGUGCCUACUACAGCAGUGACAAUAACUUCUUCAGCAGAGCUAUACAAAACCACAGUGUCAACCACUAGCACUAUAUCUCAGAAAGGCCCCAUAAGCACAACAUUAGCUGGAGGAACGAAGGAAGGAAGCAGAGGACCCAAGCCACCACCACCCAUUUCCACAACCAAAAUUCCUCCUGUGACAAGUUUCUUCCCGUUGCCAGAGAGAUUCUGUGAACCGACUGAGGCCAGGGGGAUUAGCUGGCCCCAGACACAAAGAGGAAUGAUGGUUGAACGCCCUUGCCCCAAAGGAACACGAGGAACUGCCUCAUAUCUUUGUGUGGUUUUAACGGGAAUGUGGAACCCCAAAGGCCCCGAUCUUAGCAACUGCACCUCACACUGGGUAAAUCAGCUGGCUCAGAAGAUCAGAAGUGGAGAAAAUGCUGCUAGUCUGGCCAAUGAACUGGCUAAACACACCAAAGGACCAGUCUUCGCUGGCGAUGUUAGUUCAUCAGUGAGGCUGAUGGAGCAGCUCGUGGACAUUUUGGAUGCUCAGCUGCAGGAACUGCGGCCCAGUGAAAAAGACUCAGCUGGAAGGAGUUAUAACAAGCUCCAAAAACGAGAGAAGACAUGCAGGGCUUACCUUAAGGCAAUUGUUGAUACAGUGGACAACCUGCUCAGGCCUGAAGCGCUGGAGUCCUGGAAAGACAUGAAUUCUUCAGAACAAGCCCAUGCAGCCACAAUGCUACUUGAUACAUUAGAAGAAGGGGCUUUUGUCUUAGCUGAUAAUCUCUUAGAACCAACCAGAGUCUCAAUGCCCACAGAAAAUAUUGUUUUGGAUGUUGCAGUGCUCAUUACUGAGGGCCAGGUGCAGGACUUGAAAUUUCCUCAGGGCAGUAAAGGAGGCAACUCGAUUCAGCUCUCUGCAAGCACUGUGAAACAGAACAGCAGGAAUGGGUUAGCAAAACUGGUUUUCAUCAUUUACAAAAGUCUGGGGCGUUUUCUUAGCACUGAAAAUGCAACCAUAAAGCUGGGCAGUGACUUUGCUGGGCGGAACAGUACAAUUGCAGUCAACUCCCACGUCAUUGCAGCCUCUAUCAACAAGGAGUCUAGCCGGGUGUACCUGACUGAUCCUGUGCAUUUUACUCUGGAACACAUUGAUCCUGACAAUUAUUUCAAUGCAAAUUGUUCGUUCUGGAACUACUCAGAGAGGACUAUGAUGGGAUACUGGUCAACUCAAGGCUGCAAACUGGUUGACACAAAUAAAACUCAUACAACAUGUGCUUGCAGUCACCUAACCAACUUUGCAAUUCUCAUGGCUCAUCGGGAAAUUGUGUACAAAGAUGGAGUGCACGAGUUGCUCCUCACUGUCAUCACCUGGGUGGGAAUUGUCAUCUCUCUUGUUUGCCUGGCCAUCUGCAUCUUCACAUUCUGUUUUUUCCGUGGCCUACAAAGUGAUCGUAACACUAUUCACAAGAACCUUUGUAUCAACCUAUUCAUUGCUGAGUUCAUUUUCCUAAUAGGCAUCGAUAAGACAGAGUAUAAGAUUGCAUGUCCAAUAUUUGCAGGUCUCUUACACUUUUUCUUCCUGGCAGCCUUUGCCUGGAUGUGUCUAGAAGGAGUGCAGCUUUAUCUAAUGUUAGUAGAAGUAUUUGAAAGUGAAUAUUCUAGGAAGAAGUACUAUUACGUUGCUGGCUACCUCUUCCCUGCUACAGUAGUUGGUGUCUCAGCAGCUAUUGACUAUAAGAGCUACGGAACAGAGAAAGCUUGCUGGCUCCAUGUAGAUAACUAUUUUAUCUGGAGUUUCAUUGGGCCUGUUACCUUUAUUAUUCUGCUGAAUCUUAUCUUCCUGGUGAUCACAUUGUGCAAAAUGGUGAAGCACUCAAACACUUUGAAACCAGACUCUAGCAGGUUGGAAAACAUUAAAUCCUGGGUCCUGGGUGCAUUUGCUCUCCUGUGUCUUCUUGGCCUAACGUGGUCAUUUGGCCUGCUGUUUAUCAACGAGGGGACAGUUGUGAUGACGUAUCUCUUCACAGUAUUUAAUGCUUUCCAAGGAAUGUUUAUUUUCAUCUUUCACUGUGCCCUUCAGAAGAAAGUACGUAAGGAAUAUGGGAAAUGCUUCCGACAUUCCUACUGCUGUGGUGGACUACCAACUGAGAGUCCUCACAGUUCAGUGAAGGCAUCAACGACAAGAACUAGUGCUCGAUAUUCCUCCGGCACUCAGAGUCGUAUAAGGAGGAUGUGGAAUGACACUGUGAGAAAACAAUCUGAAUCUUCUUUUAUCUCAGGUGACAUCAACAGCACUUCAACGCUUAAUCAAGGACAUUCACUGAACAAUGCCAGGGAUACAAGUGCCAUGGAUACUCUACCGCUAAAUGGUAAUUUCAACAACAGCUACUCAUUGCGCAACGGAGACUAUAAUGACAGUGUGCAAGUUGUAGACUGUGGACUAAGCCUGAAUGAUACUGCUUUUGAGAAAAUGAUCAUUUCAGAAUUAGUGCACAACAACCUGCGGGGCAGCAGCAAGAACCACAACCUGGAGCGCACGCUGCCAGCCAAGGCUGUGAUUGGCGGGAGCAGUAGCGAAGAUGACGCCAUCGUGGCAGAUGCCUCAUCUUUGAUGCACAGCGACACCCCUGGGCUGGAACUCCACCACAAAGAGCUUGAGGCCCCGCUCAUUCCUCAGCGGACUCACUCCCUUCUGUACCAGCCCCAGAAGAAAGUGAAGACCGAGGGAACCGACAGCUAUGUCUCACAACUGACAGCCGAGGCUGACGACCACCUCCAGUCCCCCAACAGAGACUCUCUUUACACAAGCAUGCCCAAUCUCAGAGACUCUCCGUAUCCAGAGAGCAGCCCCGACGUUGAAGAAGAUCUCUCUCCCUCCAGGAGGAGUGAAAAUGAGGACAUUUACUACAAGAGCAUGCCAAAUCUAGGAGCUGGCCAUCAGCUUCAGAUGUACUAUCAAAUCAGCAGGGGUAAUAGCGACGGCUAUAUAAUUCCCAUUAACAAGGAAGGAUGUAUUCCAGAAGGGGAUGUUAGAGAAGGACAAAUGCAGCUAGUGACAAGCCUUUAAUAGUGUAGCAAAGAAAUAUUAAAGGCCACGUACAAGUAUUAAAAGACUUAAUUGGCCCUGUGCAGGCUCCCUCGUAUCUGCUUGAAGAGACAAUUCUGUUGACCCUGUGGUUCUCCGGUGUAACGGGGAUGACUGGACCUCGCAGUUCUGUGAAUUUUUAUAAAACAAAAACUUUGUAUAUACACAGAGUAUACUAAAAUGAAUUAUUUGUUACAAAGAAAAAAAAUACCAACAAGGUAUUUUAAGAUAUCUUCUGCUGCUGAAUUUAACAAAAUUGUGAAAAAAAAAAAAAAUAAACACUUUCCAGCCAUUUUACUGCAGCAGUUUGUGAACUAAAUUUGUAAAUACGGCUGCACCAUUUUUUUUUCUAGGCCUACAUUGUAUUAUAUACAAGGCGUAGGCUCUAAAAUCCUGUGGGACAAAUUUACUGUACCUUACUAUUCCUGACAAGACUUGCAAAAGCAGGAGAGAUAUUCUGCAUCAGUUUGCAGUUCACUGCAAAUCUUUUCCAUUAAGGCAAAGAUUGAAUACAUGUCUAACCACUAGCAAUCAAGCCACAGGCCUUAUUUCAUAUAUUUCCUCAACUGUACAAUGAACCGUUCUCAUGAAAAAAAUGGCUAAAGAAAUUAUAUUUUGUUCUAUUGCUAGGGUAAAAUAAAUACAUUUGUGUCCAACUGAAAUAUAAUUGUCAUAAAAAUAAUUUUAAAGAGUUUGAAGAAAAUAUUGUGAAAAGCUCUUGGUUGCACAUAUGUUAUAAGCUGUUUUUCUUACGCUCUGUUCAUAGUACGGUAGUAUGUUAAAAAUGCAAGUUCUACCCGUUUUCACUUAUUUUUCACUGUAAACAGUGUUCUGCUUUUACAAGUUAGUUUUUAUUCUUUUUUUUUUUUUAAUUUUUAUUGCCAAAAACAUAAUUUGGGGAGAAAAUUGUUUUAGAAGCCAAUUAUGCCAAGCCUUGCACAAAUUUGGUAUAGCUAACAAAGAUUGUAACUCAAUUCCCUGUUCAUUCUUUAAUCAGUGUUGGGUGGUAGGGGGUAAAGGGGACACUGGACACUUCUCACAAGCUUUCUCGUGAAUAAAGGGUGCCUGUCCUUUGAAAAGAUAAAUAAAACAUAACUAUUACUCUUCCAUAUUCCUUCUGCCUAUAUUUAGUAAUUAAUUUAUUUUAUGAUAAAAAUCUAAUGAAAUGUAAAUUGUUUCAACAAAAUUCUGCUUUUUUCAUCCCUUUGUGUAAACCUGUUAAUAAUGAGCCCAUCACUAAUAUCCAGUGUAAAGUUUAACACCUGUUUGACAGUAAAUAAAUGUGAAUUUUUUUUCCAAAUAGGUAAAAUGUGCAUUAUUAUGUACGAAGCAUAAUUGGCAUCAGCAGUCUUUUGACCCAGCUGUAUCCUGCUUAGAAUGGCUUCUCUACAUUUCAUGAUUUAAGUGUUGAGAGUACAAUGGAAACUGUCUAUGUAGUUCUACAGAAAAGAGUUCAUCUUUAGUUACUAUUCAUUACCUUAGUCACAGUUGAAUAGGAUCAAACUCAGAUAUAGCAGGGUCAUUAGGAAAAUGUACUGUGAUUUCAUAUAUUUACAUAACUUCUAAGUAGACAUCUGUACUGAAAUCAAAAAUAAGGUGGUAAAUACCACCAUCGUAUUCUCAGCAACAGUAAUUAGCAGUUAAUUAUUAGUGAUGAAGAUAUAGUCUUAUAGUGGGGAAAACAUGAGUAAGCAGCAUUUGGAUAGCACUCAGAGUGCUGUACAAAUAAUCAAUCCAUCACGGCACCGCUUUAAGUUAGAUAAAUAAGCAUGACUGCCCCAUUUUUAUCAGACUAGAAAACUGCAGAAGGCAGCUGAUGCCCAAGAUGUUAUCAAUAAAUCGGUGGCAAAACUGGAAGCCUGAAGUCUUUGUUCCCAAGCCUUUUUUGUCCCUCUCAACCAGGGCUUCUCAAAGAUAAUGCCAAGGACUUCAUUUUUUUUUUUUCAACUUACAAAAGUGUGUUCUUUCAUAACACAGAGGCCAUGUUUUCAUAUGUGGCACCUGUGACUAUAUGUAUGACAACAGCAAAAAUUCAUCUGAAAGCCUUUUAAAUUCU